CUGCUUCCAGCCUGGGCGCACAGUACCCGCUCCCAGGACCGUGGGAGAGCUGCAGAGCCCCUCGGACCCGCGGCACCGAGCUCUCGGAGGCCGCUGUAGCCUCCGUUGCCGGGGAAUCGGCGUCGCUUCCUCCCGUCACAGACGGUCGCCACCGGCCGCUGGGGGCUGCAGAGCUGGGGGGCCGCUCGAGCUGCGAAGAUCCCGGCCGCCCGCGGGGCGAGGAGCGGGCGCCCAGGAUGGGAUGCAUAAAGUCCAAGUUCCUUCAGGAUGUAAGUAAGACCUCAAAAACAGAGCCAAGUGCCAAUCAGCGGAGCCCUGUCUAUGUACCGCAUCCCACAUCUUCCAGCAAGCUGGGACCAAACAGCAGCAACAGCAUGCCCCCCGGGUUUGUAGAGGGCUCUGAGGACAUCGUUGUGGUUGCCCUGUAUGACUAUGAGGCCAUUCACCAUGAAGACCUCAGUUUCAAGAAGGGGGACCAGUUGCUGGUCCUCGAAGAGUCUGGAGAGUGGUGGAGGGCACGGUCCCUGGCCACCCGGAGAGAGGGCUAUAUGCCAAGCAACUAUGUGGCUCGUGUUAACUCUCUGGAAACAGAGGAGUGGUUCUUCAAGGGCAUCAGCCGGAAGGAUGCAGAGCGCCACCUCCUGGCACCGGGCAAUGUGCUGGGCUCCUUCAUGAUCCGGGACAGUGAGACCACCAAAGGGAGCUACUCUUUGUCCGUGCGAGACUAUGACCCCCAACAAGGGGACACGGUGAAGCAUUACAAGAUCCGGACACUGGACAGUGGAGGCUUCUAUAUCUCCCCGAGGAUCACCUUCAGCAACCUGCAGGAGCUGGUGGCCCACUACAAGAAGGGGAAGGACGGGCUCUGCCAGAAGCUGUCUGUGCCGUGUGUGUCUCCCAAGCCCCAGAAGCCAUGGGAGAAAGAUGCCUGGGAAAUCCCUCGAGAAUCCCUCCAGAUGGAGAAGAAACUUGGAGCUGGGCAGUUUGGAGAAGUGUGGAUGGCCACCUACAACAAGCACACCAAGGUGGCAGUGAAGAUGAUGAAGCCAGGGAGCAUGUCGGUGGAGGCCUUCCUGGCAGAGGCCAACCUGAUGAAGACACUGCAGCACGACAAACUGGUGAAGCUGCAUGCCGUGGUCACACAGGAGCCCAUCUUCAUCGUAACUGAGUUCAUGGCCAAAGGAAGCCUGCUGGACUUUUUGAAAAGUGAAGAAGGCAGCAAGCAGCCCUUACCAAAGCUCAUUGACUUCUCAGCCCAGAUUGCAGAAGGCAUGGCUUUCAUCGAGCAGAGGAACUACAUUCACCGAGACCUCAGGGCUGCCAACAUCUUGGUCUCUGCAUCGCUGGUAUGUAAGAUUGCUGACUUUGGCCUAGCUCGGGUCAUCGAGGACAACGAGUACACAGCUAGAGAAGGAGCCAAGUUCCCCAUCAAGUGGACAGCUCCUGAAGCCAUCAACUUUGGUUCCUUCACCAUUAAGUCAGACAUCUGGUCCUUUGGUAUCCUGCUGAUGGAGAUUGUAACCUAUGGCCGGAUCCCUUACCCAGGAAUGACCAACCCAGAAGUGAUCCGAGCACUAGAGCACGGGUACCGGAUGCCUCGACCAGAGCAUUGCCCAGAAGAGCUGUACAACAUCAUGACCCGUUGCUGGAAGAACCGCCCAGAGGAGCGGCCCACCUUUGAAUACAUCCAGAGUGUGCUGGAUGACUUCUACACAGCCACUGAGAGCCAGUAUCAACAGCAGCCUUGAUGGACAGGAUGGGAGCAGAGCCAGGAGCCCCAGCAGUGCCUGUGCUGAGCUCUAGUGCCACCACCAUUCUUCCCACUCCCAGUCACCUACACACACACACACACACACACACACACACACACACACACACUCCAGACAUUCCUCAGCUAUGAAGUGGGCAGGUUGGCCUUCACAUCUCUUUUUGACUCUAGCCAUCUGCAAUCUGCUGUUCUCAAGAGGCCCACAAGUUGAUAUUUCCAUUGCUUGGGAUAGCUGAAUUCCAGCUACAGUUGUGGUUUAAAAUAACAAGUAUUUAAAUAAAAGAUACGAUAUC